UGGAAACCAUGGCGUUCCCUUGGACCGUCUGACCGGGGUAACAGAAAAAUAUUCAGUCGAGCAACGCAUGUUUGCCCCAAUUGAGCUUCGCUAAGCUUGGAUUCCGUGACUAAAGAAAAUGGGGUCUCGUAUCAAGGAGAGCCCAGAGUCAACGUUCGAAGUGUAUGUGGAGGUGAUCCACCCUGGAACAGCAGGACCAGAUCCGGAGGUGCGCAGGCGAUUCCCGGAGGACUACAUCGACCAGGAAACUCUGCAGACGGUGCCCAAGUUCUGCUUCCCCUUCAGUGCGGACAGUCUGUCAGUAAGCCAGGUGGGCCAGAACUUCACCUUUGUUCUGACUGACAUCGAGAGCAAGCAGCGGUUCGGCUUCUGCCGCCUGUCAUCAGGGGCGCACAGCUGCCACUGCAUCUUGAGUUAUCUUCCCUGGUUCGAGGUGUUCUACAAGCUGCUCAAUACCUUGGCAGACUACAGUCUCAAAGGCCAGGACAGCCAACAGAAGGAGCUACUGGAGUCACUACAUGCCCUCUCCAUUCCUGAACCUGGAGUGCCUGUGCAUCUCAGUGUGCAUUCUUACUUCACCGUGCCUGACUACAGGGAGCUGCCCAGUAUACCAGAGAAUAGAAACCUAACAGAGUAUUUUGUAGCCGUAGAUGUCAAUAACAUGCUCCAUCUGUACGCUAGCAUGCUUUAUGAGCGCCGAGUCCUGCUCUGCUGUAGCAAACUAAGCACUUUAACGGCUUGUGUCCACGGCGCGGCGGCCUUGUUGUAUCCCAUGUACUGGCAACAUGUUUACAUUCCUGUCCUUCCUCAGCACCUCGUCGACUACUGCUGCGCCCCCAUGCCUUACCUCAUUGGAGUACAUUCCAGCCUGAUGGAGAAGGUGCGGAGCAUGGCCUUGGAUGACGUGGUGGUGCUCAACGUGGACACCAACACGCUAGAGACACCUUUUGAUGACCUCCAGAGCCUGCCCAACGACGUGGUGUCGUCCCUGAAGAACCGUCUGAAGAAGGUCUCCACCACAACCGGUGAUGGAGUGUCCAGGGCCUUCCUCAAAGCCCAGGCUGCCCUCUUCGGCAGCUACAGGAACGCACUGCAGAUCGAACCGGAGGAGCCCAUCACGUUCAGCGAGGAGGUGUUUGUGGCCCACCGCUCCAGUGCCAUGAGGCAGUUCCUGCAGAACGCCAUCCAGCUGCAGCUCUUCAAACAGUUCAUAGAUGGCCGUCUGGACCUGCUGAACGCAGGAGAGGGUUUCAGUGACGUGUUUGAAGAUGAGAUCAACAUGGGGGAAUAUGCAGGCAGUGACAAGGUGUACCAUCAGUGGCUACUAACAGUGAAGAAGGGUGGCGGGGCGAUAUUCAACACCGUAAGGACCAAGGCCAACCCGGCUAUGAAAACCGUCUACAAGUUUGCCAAAGACCACGCCAGGAUGGGCAUCAAGGAGGUGAAGAGUCGACUGAAGCAGAAGGAGCUGACGGAGAACGGCUACUCGGCGGCCGGCGAGGACGGACAGAGGCCUGCCGCGCCCCCGCGCUCCCCCUCCACCGACGGCAAGGACCUCCGCGCCUGGGACGACCGCCGGCCAAUCACAGUGCACUUUGGACAGUCAGCACCUGCACGUCCUCCGCCCCCGCGUCCCCCUCCUCCCAGCAGGGUCCAGCGCACCAGACCUGCCCGUCCACCCAGACCACUGGUAGCCAAGAGACCACGCAGCAAUGUGGGCAUGGAGAACAGUCCUGAACACUACGUCCGCCCGACGCGGCACUACACCGUGUUUCUUUCCGAGGAGGACUCAGGCGACGAGCUCCAGCAUGACGACGACUCCAUCACUGGCUUCCCCGAAAACUUUCUUUUCUCGACCCCCUUUGAAUGGCCGCAGCCCUACCGCUCUCUGAAGGAGUCCGACCUCAUGGAGGGGGAGGAGGCCUUCGCCGAGGAGAGGCCGCAGGGCCACACGGCCCCCCCUAGUCCGGUCAGGGAGAAGUACCCGGACAUCAACCUCCUGGGCGAUAUCCUCAAUUACCAGGAGGGGGAGACAGAGAGCCAACAGCUCAGCCUGGCCAAGAGCCUGGAGGACCUGAGGCUCCCGAAAGACCCAGAGGAACAGCAGGCCAAGUUCAGUUAUCAGCGGAUGGACCUGAGUGGCGGUGAGCGGACACGAACACUACCAGGACUCAAGCACUCCAACCCCUACAACAAGCUGUGGAGCCAGGGGCUGGACGACAUGGCCGUGCCCGGCCGCACCUCCCCCACCUGGGAGAGGCCUCUGUCUGUGCCCCCCCUGGAGCCCCCGGAUCCCCGGCCCCCGAGCGCGGACAGCUGCGGCCCCGGCCAGGAGAGGCCCCUCGACGGAGGCUGCAUCCCCAUCCCGCGGCCGCAGGGCCGGAAGACCCCCGAGCCGGGCAAAGUGCUGGCGCCUCCCGUGCCCAUGCCGCGGGCGUCCAAGCAGGCGGGCGGCGGUGGCGAGCCGAGGGAGGGGGCGCGGAGCGCGGGCGGUCACGAGUUCCGGCAGGCCCUCAACAUGUCGCCGCUGUCGUCCUCCUCUGCGGCCCAGGACACCGACCUGAUGAAGCAGGAGGUGGACCUGCUCAGCCUGCUGGACCCUCUGAGCACCAGCUCCGCGUCCGCCUCCUCGUCCACCUCCGCCGCCACCGGGGAGUCAGGGGAGCACGUGGGCACGAGCGCGCCCAGUCAGCCCCCUCCCCCUCCCCCGCCGCGGCCGUACCCCCAGAGCCUGCCCCCGUUCCCCCACGUGUCCCUGAACCCCUUCGCCCAGGCGGGCAUGCCCUACGCCCCCCACAGACCCUACUCGCCCGUGGUGGGCAGCAACCCCUUCGGCGCGGCCUACAUGUCCCCCGCCACGGGCGGCUACUUCCACGCCGCACGCACCCCGCCGCACCCGCUCUCCGUGCCGCCCGGCAUGUUCCGCCAGCCCUCCCCGGCGGGGCCCGGUCUGCCCCCCCACGCGCUCGGGCCCCUGCGGCCGGCCGCCUUCACCCGCACGGGCCCCCCUCCGUCCUCCUGCAGCAGCGGCGCCCUGUCCAGCCUGCUGUACUCCCCCGCCGGGCCCACGUCGCGCCCGCUGCCCAAGCCCUUAGCCGGGGGGGACGACGCCGCCACUGCCGCUGACCAGCCCCCCCGGGACCCUUUCAGUGACCUGCUGGCCAUGGCCAAACCGGCGCUCGCCCCGGCAGCUGCGCCCCCGAAGAAACGCCCAGAGAACCUGCGCCGGCACUGGGAGACGUUCGACUAGGCCGCGCCCCCCUCGUCAUCCUCCCCCUCCGAAAAAGAAACAAAGAACACAACCAGCCUCCCUCUGCUGUCUGUCUGUCUGUCUGUCUAUCAAUCAAUCUGCUGCUGACCAAUGACAGACUGCGCUGGGUGUGUGUGUAUGCGCGAGUCACAUGACCAGAAGAGAGCUGAAGAGUGCUGAAGGGGUGGGUUUGUGCGUGUGUCUGUGUGUGUGUGUGUGUGUAUGCUGAAAUCUGGACACUCUCAAAUCCUCAGCUGCCCGUUUGUGUGUGUGUGUGUGUGUGUGUGUGUGUGUGUGUGUGUGUGUACAUGAGGCGUGCUCCACGUGGGUUUAGAAUACUCCACCCUCUCUCUCUCCUCAGAUCUCUCGUUGUCCCUCAUGACUGCAGCAGAGCAGCCCCUUCCGCUUCGCAACAACUCCGCUUUUGUGCCGGUUGCCUUUCCGCCUCCGCCGAGACGUCCGUAGGGAAGGGAAGAAGCGCACCCCACCCCCCACCCCCCACCCCAUCACUGGCGAGGGGCCGUGGUGCGUACGUGCGUGCGUUGCGUUGCUGUCAACCUGCCCUCCAAGGCCAGUCGCGUCUCCGUGCUUUUCUUUGGCUCGCCAACAGAUGAGGCGUCGUUCGGAUAUUUACUAAAGCCGGAGGAGAAGUGUCUCGAGCAGACCGACGGCACAGUCGGCGCCGUGUCUAUAUAAGCUGUGCAGACUAGACGUGCAGACGGAUCCCAAAAUGGAGAACUGAAGUUGCCUUUUUUUCGAAGAGACAUUCACUGGAUUUAGGGAGGCAAACUCAAACAUGUAUAAGCUUUCUCUCGUAGUAGCGCUAUGUCCAAAUCACUGCAGUUAUCCAGGGUCGGCCUCGUCAGCGGCGUGCCGUCGUUCGCUUGAGGUGGAUAGAAGAGGAAAACAAAAAAUGGAUCAGCUGUGCACAGUUAUUGUUUGCUUCCGUUUCUUUGCCAAUAAUCAUUGUUUUCUUGUUUUUUUUUGUUUUGUUUUCGGUUGGCCUUCUGAGUCUUUGAGUAGACUGUGUUACUGUAUCUGCUGCUUUUGAAGUGCAAUGCCACUCCCAGCCUAUGAUGAUUUGUCACAAUCCAAAGGGUCUGGUCACCCUUAUGAAAAAAAGAGAGAAUUAAUCAGCAUAGUAACGUUAAUCAGGUAAGGCAUUUUGUUUUGACUUUGUUGAGGGCCUGCAUCCUUACUGGCUUGAGUCUGGUAGUCCACCUGAAGUGUGUCUCAUAGUCUGGCAAUUACUGCUCUUGCUUAGUGUGCCUCUAGGUUGGUAGGCCCAAACUACUAUUGUACUAACAGCCCUUCACUACAUUUUGCAAUCGUGAGAAGACCAAAAUAUUGUAUUGUUGUUGUUAUUAUCAUGGCCAGGAUUCCCAGUGAAAUAACGAACAGCCUUUUGAUUGUGCAUUCAGACUGCUGCUAGCCCUACCGCUACAGUUACUACAACUACACUUUAGACAAACAACUGUGUUCUUGUUUGUUUAGAUACAUUAAGCGUAUUGCUUUCUGCUCAACACCAACAGAGUUUUGCCGAACAGUAAGAGUUGACAUUUUCUACCAGUUAGAAUUAGGCCAGUUUUAAGUUGAAGAACAACAACAUACCUUUCUGAGUGUUCCAUCACAUGUACUGUAGUAGUUGAAAAGGAAAGGAUGUGAGUUGCAGAGCUGUUACUGAAACACCAUCAUGGUUUGGAAGAACAAGGACACUAAUGGAAAAAUGGUCUCUGGAGACAUUAAAUUGAAUCGGCAGGUGGAAAAUGAACUUGCUCUCUCUGCACAUACUAUACAGUAUAGAGAUUCCAUGGGACAAUACAGAUUACUGAUUUUACAGGUUACUGAAAGGGAAUUGCUGUUUUGUAGAGGCGCUUCUUCCUGUGCGCAUUACAGGAAGACUGCACUCCGGUCAUAACUCUGGACAGCGCUGUUUUGCUGACCACACUACACUUCAGAGCGGUACCGUUUUCUUGGGUGUGACGUACCUUGGCAAACAUAAUGAAUACUAAAAGACUGUACUCUGUGUGAUAUAUCAAUUGAUGUACAGUACAUCAUGUACAGUACAUAAAUAUUUAUUAAGAAUCAAAUUAGAAAAUCACUCACAUUUUAAAAAUCAAACCAUGUUUAAGUGGUCAACAUCCCAGAACAAAAUGUUGUUAGUUAGUACAGUGUUUGCCUUGAAACCCAGAAGAACCUAAUAGUUCACAUGAGGUCAUCAUAUAUUUUCAUGGACCUUAACCAUUACUUUGUUACAUUUCAAAACUCACGGAAGUGAAUGAGACUGUAAUAAGCCACAGUGGUCAUUGGUCAUUUCUGUCAUAAGAACUUCGUAACUACAGUAGGUAGCUCUCAUACUAACAAAGAAAUGCUUCUAGGGACAGUCCAUCUAGACUUUUAGCUGGGUGUCAGUUCUGUUUGAUGCACAUCAUCUGGGUAAGGCACACUCUCUCUCUCUCUCUCUCUCUCUCUCGCUCUCUUUCUUUCUCUCUUUCUCUCUUUCUCUCUAUCUCUCAGACUAAGCACUUGGGGACGUUAGCAUAGCAGUCACAGAAUUGAUGAAUCCUUGUCUACAAAAUGUUGCCUUACAGCAAAAAGGAAACUCUGUAUGUGUAGCUUUGUUUAAAAAAACAAUGUAUGUCCAAUAAAGGUGUGUCUACAUGACUUUGCUUUUAAGAAAAAGAAAAAUGACUGAGGCUAUUAACGUCUAUCCUCAAGGGUCGCUGUUUUAGCAGUUCUGUUCGUUUUAAGUCAAUAUUUUGUCAGUGUUGCCAAUCCUCAGCUUUAGUCUCCCACGAUUAAAGUGGGUAUUAAAUUGAAAACCUCCACAAGGGGGGUGAUACUUGAGUGAUCAGCUUUAAUAACCUCAGGAUUUUAGGAUUUUUUUUGUCCAAUAUCCCCUAUUCUCCUUAAAGAAUGUUUCCUAUAGAAAUGUGAACUUAUGUCUUUUAUACAUACAUGGAGCACUUUGUUUGCGUUUGUUUUAUUUUAAUGAUGUUUUUGUUGAACUAUCACACUAUUAAAAGUGCACAUAUCCUCACA